AAAAAAAAAACAACACCGCUGAAAUCAUUAGAAUUUAGUGUUUUCUGAAACUCUAGACAUCUUUUUGAUUCAGCUAGAGAACAUUCAGAGAAUACUGGAAGCCUGACUGAAGACAAAUGGAAAUAAUUACAACCCAAGUGUGGAAAGCCUAAAAUAUAUUAAAAUCUGAAGGGCUGCCACUUGCGUUAUGUCAGGUGAUGUGUCAUCCUAAUUUUACCACUGACUGAGCUGUAUUAGAGUCACAGGACCAGAAAAUGUCAGUGCUCUGAUUUCCCCUGAGGUUUUUCCUCUAGCUUCAGCUUGGCUGCGGAAAGUAAGGAGUUGUAGGCAAAAAAGGCAAUGGGUGAGAGAGUCCAGUGGUACAAGUGUUUCCUGAAUGAACCCUGGUAGAGAGGAAGAGGGAGGCAGAAAACUUUCAAGUUAUCACUUUUGUAUCCUUGUGAAGAAACUCAUUUUUAUGGAGAAAUGAUUCUAUGUCAUUUUACGAUGUUACUAAAAUCAAAAAGAAAAUACAUCCAACUUUGGAAAAUCGUACCCCACACCAGUGACUUCUUUCAACCUCGGGACUUCAUCCUCCGCCUUCCCUGACGUAGAGUUCUUCGGAACUACCCGUUUUCUGACUAUCUAUCAAAAGAGCAAUUCGCGCGACACUUGGACAGCGAACACCAGCCAGGAGACUGCGCGCUGGGGAAACGCGAGCCUCAGCCUCUGCGCGUGCGCACCGCUUCUCUUUCCGCCUCCGCUCGGAAACCUCAGCUCGGAGGUCGAUGGGCCGUGGGAGGAGGUUUCUUUGUGUAGAGUGUGUCGUUUGUUGAGUCGGGUUUCCAGGGUUUCCACGCCACCUGUGAAGGUCAGCCGCGGUGGCCCACGGCUCCGCGUCUCCGCGGUCUGCGGUUGGCCGUCGCCAUGACAGCGACCGCUGGGGGCCCUGGAUCUUGGAGUGAAAAUAUACUAGAAUAUUUUCUGAGAAAUAACCUGAUCACAACAGAAGAUGGCGCUGAGAUCGUCUGGUAUCAUGCAGCUAACCACAAGGCACAACUGAAUGAGGCACUGAAAAGCACUGCUCACAUGAUAGAGGCCGAUGUCCUUCUUCCAAGUGAUGGAUCGGAAUAUAGCCAACCGAUCAUGGCCCACCCUCCUGAAACAAAUAGUGAUAAUACUUUACAGGAAUGGCUGACUGCAGUUAUAAAAAGCAAUAAAGGCAUCAAGCUGGAUUUCAAGAGUCUGGCAGCUGUAGAACCAUCCAUGAUGCUCCUGGAGAAUGUGAAGAGGCAUCUGAAACGUCCUGUGUGGAUUAAUGCUGAUAUUCUUCCGGGUCCAAAUGGAAAUAGCAGGGUAGUGGAUGCAAAACCUUUUAUAGACAUGGUAACAUCCUUCUUUCCUAAUGUGACCUUUUCUUUGGGUUGGACAACAGGAUGGCAUCCUGAGAAAGUCAAUGAAGGUUACAGCUGGACAAUGGUGAAAGAAAUGGAAUAUAUAUGUAAGGAGCUGAAGCAGCCUGUAACAUUUCCUGUCAGAGCAGCAUUAGUCAGGCAGUCCUAUUCUCAGUUACUUUGGCUGUUAAAGAAAUCAAACAGGUACAGCCUGACUAUUUGGACUGGGAAAAAUGAUAACUAUUCCAUUGAAGAUUUACUUUGCAUUAGAGACCAUUUUGACAAAAAACAAGUUUUCUAUGACAUCCUGGAACCACAAAACCAUGAAUUUAAACAAGCCAUUGGAGUCAAAGUUAAUCUCUAAGAAGAUUCUUCUAAAUUAUUUCAUGUUUUGGUUUCAUAAUCCUCUGCUUUGGUCCUAAUUAAUUACCAUAUAAAUUGUGAUGAUUGAUUUAUGCUCUAAUUCAUCUAAUAAAAAAACACUUAGUGCUUA